CAAGAGAGAAUCAGAUGGUAUUUUAAUGACAUUCGCAUCGCUCAAAUCACUGGAGAUCUCAGUAAGAUCUGUACAGAUGUUCAGUGCAAUGAAGGCACUGAGAGAUUCAGAGGCAGACUGCAGCUGGACAAUCAGACUGGAUCUCUGACCAUCAUGAACACCAGAACCUCAGAUGCUGGAGUUUAUAAACUACUGAUAAGCAGCAGCAACAUCGAGAGUGAAAGGAGCUUUAGUGUUACUGUUCAUGAAGUUCCUGCUGCUGAACAAGAUAAAAUGAAGAGAAAGUCAGUGAAGGAGGGAGAAUCUGUCACUUUAGAUCCUGAUGUAGUAAAAAACCCAAAUGAUUUAAAGGUGUGGUAUUUUACUGAUAUCCUCAUCGCUGAAAUCACUGGAGAUCAGAGUAAGAUCUGUACAGAUGAUCAGUGUGAUGAGAGAUUCAGAGACAGACUGAAGCUGAAUAAAACUGGAUCUCUGACCAUCACAAACACCACAACCACAGACUCUGGACUUUAUAAACUACAGAUCAACAGCAGCAGAUUCAGCAUCAUAAAGACAUACAGUGUUAGUGUCACUGCUGUUCCAGAUUCAACUGCUGCUGCUGUUGCUGCUGCUGUUGUUGCUGUUCUGCUGGUUGCAGCUGCUGGUGUGAUUUACUGUCACUGCAGGAGAUCUAUACAAGCAAGAAAAAAUGGAAAAAGGAUGCAGCACAAUGAUCCUGACCUGGAGAAUGUUGAAGAAGUAGUAUCCCUUAUUAAAGGGACAUCCACUGUUUCGGCUGUGAGCACGCAGGGCAAUGACGCUAAAGAGACAUCCGAUGAUCUGGCUGUGAGCACGGAGUGGAAUGAUGCUAAAGAGACAUGCGAUGAUCCGGCCGGGAACACU